AUGACGGCAAACAAUCGAACCGGACAAUGCAACUGGUUCACUGAGGAGAACCAAACUGAGCCGCACCUGGACGCUGACCACUGCCUUUUUCUAUCCGCACUGCCAUAUGGACAAGCAAUCCCAGUUCUCAUAUGUGUUUUUGUGUUGCUGACUCUCGUCUCGUUUCUGAUUAACGGGUUUAGUCUGUUCAGCCUCGGGUUUUCGGAUGAUCUCUCCUGGGAGCCGCGUUCCACUCUUCUUAAAAACCUCAUAUUGAGCGACCUUAUGCAGUCUUUCACCUUCGGUCCCGCUGUCAUCCACUCACUAGUCCAACGCCGGACGAUGGCUUUCAGCACCUGGUGUUACUUCCAGUACUUUGUAGGGACCACCAGCAUCUUCUCCAGCCUCGUCACCAUCACUUGCAUGGCACUGGAGCGCUACCUGUACGUGUGCCACGCCAUCCACUACUUGGUCAUCCUCACUCCUGUGCGCUUGCGGUUAGUCUUGAGCCUCAUUUGGGUUUACGCUAUGUCGAUCGGUGUCGUCAACAUCGUGUUGCUGCACAGCACAGGAACGGAACAUUAUGAUCAUUUCACCAGGGGGCUACUGUGCGAACCGGACACGAUGGAGCAGCAAAUGGGUUUCCCGCGCGCCUCUGCUGUCUAUCGGAAAAUCACGGGUACCUUUACUCUGCUGCUGUGCCUUCUGGUUUAUGCCUUCUCUUACACGAGGAUGUACCAAGCCGCGCGUAACGCAGUGAUGCCGUUCAACGCAGUCAACACCACAGCGCGUAAAACUGUGAUUUUCUACUGUGGCAUGCUGUUUCUGCAGUUAUUGCCGCUGCUGCUCAAAUCAACCUCAGACGUACUGUGGGAAGUCGAGGGGACCGUGGCUAUGGUGUCACUGUCCUCUCAAACUCAAGGCGUGCGUAAGGGGAAUGAGAUCCUCUCGGCAACGGCCGCCACGCUCCAUAUGUCCCUGCUGGUGAUGCUUAUAGUGCCACCGUGCAUCAACCCGCUGGUGUACGGGCUGAGGAACGCGGAGAUGAGAAUGGCGCUGCUCAAAUUGUUCCAGAGAUGGACUGAGACUAGAGGCGAGGGUGUGCGCAGAGUGGAGUGGAUAAGAGUUGGAAACAUCAUGCGUCAAAACCGAGCUCAAGCGGGUCCUUGGCUGGGCGGAGCCAGGGUGCCAGGUGAUGAGCUCAUUGGGAACACCUGGCCAGUGUUCCCCAAGUUACUUAAGCCGCCUGCCCAGAUGAUUUGUGUGCUGGUCUCUUCAGCCAACACCACCCUCAGUUUUGCUCACUUAAAAGUAGUGAUGGAUCCCACAUUGCUCCUGAAUCAACCAGUUGGUUCACGUGCUGGAGACAGUCUAUCAGGUAUAUUGACUCAAAGCUGCUCUGAGAACAACCUGAAGUUUGUCUGUGAGUUUAAGCCUGGUGAAGAGGACUACAAUGUGGAUAUGGAUUUUGGGUCUGUGUCAGUCGUCCUCCCUGCUCAAUGCAGUGUCCACCAGCUACGACUACGCAUCUGCAUGCAGGCACAGGAGCAGAAUUGCCAUCCAGACCCACUUGCAAUACUGGACCCAGAGAAAUACACUCUGCUAUAUGCCAGGGGAGAGGACUGGUAUGAGGCCUACGAUGACUGUCAAGUUAUCAGGACACUAGACAUUCCAUGGUCAUGUGAUGACACUGACCAGCUAUUGGCACACAUAGUGGUAAAACCGCUGGUGGCAGUUGAUUCAGAGGAGAAACAGAAACAACAGCAGUUUCUUUCUUACCUGAUUGGACAUGACCUGGACAAAGAAGCAUCAGACAGACUGGGUGAGCUAACAUUUACCCGCAGGAAACUGGCAUCUCCAAGAAGACAAGAGCUAAGGAAUCGGGAUUACGAGUUGUAUGCCACAGAGCCUUGGGUAACAUACGUUCCUUUCCCAAACGACUUACUAGACUGGCUAAAAAGAAAGCUCCCUGUCAACCUCCAUUACAUGAACCAAAUCAGCUUCAGCAUACACGUUGAUUUGGGCGCAACACCUAAUGUCCUUCUUAAGGUUUUUAGAAGGGUGAUGUCAGACCAGAGAUGUGGUUACGUCAUUUCUGAUAGUCUAGCGUUGAAAGUCUCAGGAAGGGAAGAGUUUUUAUCUGGAGACUACCCCCUCACUGAUUUCCAUUGGGUUCGACAGUGCUUGAAAACCAAUCAGGAUCUCCACCUGUCUGUGAUCCCUGUGUCACAGCUUGUCGAGGAGACUGUCAAGUUUGUUGACUGGCCACUUGUUGACAGUUUCAGCGGCCAAUUCAGCUCCCAUGAAGAUCUCUGCCUCCAAGGGAAGGAUGUGGAUGACAUCUACAUGAUAUCAUUAUGGGACUGUAACAGGAAACUCCGUGUCAAACUGCUUGGCUUUGACAUCCCAAAACUUCCAAGCAAAUGCCCUCAGUCUGUUUAUGUAGAAGCCUCUAUUCUUUAUGGUAACAAGGUUCUCUCUUCAGUGUCUUCCCUUUCUAAGGCCUUCGCAGACGAAGUACUGUGGAAUGAGUGGCUUGAUUUUGAUGUUCUCCUCAGGGAUCUGCCACGUGGAGCCAAGCUGGGUUUCACAAUUAUUGCCAGUGGUAAUGACAGCUCCCCUGUAACCAAAGACACAAAGCCACCAUUGACCUCAGGCAAUAAAGCACCAGACCAGCAGAAAGGGAAGGGGAAGGAACUCUACUUUGUCAAUCUUCUCCUCAUAGAUCACAGGUCUGUGCUCACUCAAGGGCCCUACACUCUGCACAUGUGGUCCUACCCGGAUGUGGAGGAAGAGGCUGUUACCUAUCAGGCAGACAAACUGUCCUCCGCUACCAAUCCAGACAUAGUUGAUUCUAUGGCUAUCAGCUUCCUUCUGGACCGCUACAGCUUCCCUGUGGUUCUCCCAAACAGCUUCAGCACCUCUGAACAUUCUGCCAGCCUGACCUCCAAACCUUCCCCGACCAAAUCUACUGCUUCUUUUUCUGCACCUUCCUCCUCCACACCUUCCUCACCCCCAUCCAACUUUCUCAGCCCAGAUCCUUCCUCCCUGCAUCUGAAACCAAACCAGGGCCAAUCAAAAGAUAAUAUAACCUUAAGAUCCCCAUCUCCAGUGUUCAACACAAGCAAGGCUUGCCUCAGAAGAUUCCGGGAAGAGAGCGUCCGCUACGCCUCCAACCUCCCACAAUUCUUGCGCAGUGUAGAUUGGAUGAACCGCGGAGUGGUUGAGGAUGUCCACUGGUUACUUGGAAAAUGGGAUCCAGGUGAACUGGACUUAACCGUGGCCCUGGAGCUGUUGAGCAUGGACUUUGCAGAUGAGACGGUCAGAAGAUUAGCAGUCCAGAGACUGGAGAGCCUGUCUAAUGAUGAUGUAUUGAAGUAUUUGCUGCAGCUGGUGCAGACUCUCAAAGUGGAACCUUACCACGACAGUUUCCUCACUCGAUACCUCAUCCGGAGAGCUCUGGGGAGCAAGAGAAUCGGCCACUUCUUCUUCUGGUAUGUCCGCAGUGAGGUGGAAGGUUGUCCAUAUUUCCGCCAACGCAUGGCUGUGAUUCUGGAGGCCUACCUGCUGGGCUGCGGUCAGGCCAUGCUCAACAGCUUCACCCAGCAGGUCCAGGCUGUGGAGGCUCUACAGGAGGUCGCUAUGAUCAUUAAGCAACACUAUCCAAACGACGUCCCUAGCACAGCUCCACUGAAGCUUCAAGAGCUUCUUCGAAACAGUAAUCUGCCAGAUGAAUUCUUGCUGCCCUUUGACCCCCGCAUCAAAGCCGGAAGGAUCCUGCUGGACAAAUGCAAAGUGAUGGCCUCGAAGAAGAAACCUCUGUGGCUGGAGUUCUCUCCCAUGCCGUCACCCAACUUGUCUACACCCAUCGGAAUCAUCUUCAAACAAGGGGACGACCUCAGACAGGACAUGCUGGUUCUUCAAACGCUGGUGUUGAUGGACUCUAUCUGGCAGGAGAAAUCUCUGGACCUUAACCUUGUUCCAUAUGGCUGCAUCUCCACAGGACACAACAUAGGUAUGAUUGAGAUUGUGAGGAACGCAGUGACCAUUGCCGCUGUCCAGAGGAGCCACGGAGGAACGAAUGCAGCCUUCAGAAAUGACGCUCUGUUUGAGUGGCUCAAGUCCAAAUGCCCACUUCAGGAAAUUCACUACAAUACUGUGGAGCGCUUUGUGAAGUCCUGCGCUGGUUACUGUGUUGCCACCUAUGUACUGGGUAUAGGAGACCGUCACAAUGACAACAUCAUGAUCACAGACAAAGGGAAUCUGUUACACAUCGACUUCGGUCACAUCCUGGGUAACAGGAAGCACUUCCUCGGUGUGAGCAGGGAGCGCGUUCCGUUCGUCCUCACGCCUGACUUCCUUUAUGUCAUGGGAAGGGUCAAAGGCCGCAAAAGCCUCUACUUUCAACGGUUCAUGGACACUUGCACCAAAGCGUACCUCUCCCUGCGCUCCCACUCUCGCCUGCUGGUCACACUCUUCUCCCUCAUGCUGCUGACAGGCAUCCCCGAGCUGAGCGCCGCAGAGGACAUGCGCUACCUGCGGGAUGCGCUCCAGGAGGAACAGGGCGAGGCCGAGGCCAGGGAGCACUUCCUCCAGCAAAUCGCUCUGUGUGAGCAGCUGGGCUGGACCGUGCAGGCUAACUGGUGGAUCCACAUGAUGGCAGGCAUCAAAUAGACUCAGAGCAGGAGGUGGGGAAAUGGAGAGAGUUC